AUGGCUGGGGAAUCACUGUGGCCAGUGGUUUACACAGAUCGGUCCAAGUUAUUAAGUAACCUUGCCACUCAACUCUCCUCCCACUUUGAGCACUGGGGCAAUGACAAAGACUUGGAUCAGGCUAUCACACUUCACAGGGAAGCACUGGCUUUGCAUCUGGACUUCCCAAGAACGCUUGCCAUGGAUGCUGCAUCGUGUGCUCUUCGUAGUGGCGACAUGUGUCGCACUGUUGAGUUGUGGGAACAAGGCAGGACUAUCAUCUGGACCCAGAUGACGCGACUCCGCACACCUCUUGACAGCCUCUGGACAUGCGGCAAUCACGCAGUGGCCCUGGUGAAGAAAUUCAGAAACCUCAACUCCCUCCUCAAUAAACCUCCUGCGAACAAUCUAGAAGUAACCCCAAGAGUCGAUGCAGAAGCAGAAGGAGCCUGGUACAGACAUUUAGUGAAUGACUGGAAUGGAGCUGUAGAAGAAAUCUGGAAGAUUGAGGGCUUCUCUCGCUUCCUCCUUCCCCCCUUAUUCUCCGAUCUUCGAGAUGCAGCUCGUGAUGGGCUUAUCAUUGUGCUCAUUGCAAGCAAGUUGUCUUUCCAUGCCAUUAUUAUCCUGCACAAGCAACCUCCGACCAGCAUUCAACUCCUGACCAAUUUUGAGAAACUCCAGGCAUUCCAGACAUUGGUGGUCAAACUCAAACGGGAAAGCAAAGAAGCCCUGAAAAAAGUCUUCAUUCAGUUGUGA